AUGGACUCCCUUCCAAAGACUCAAACUGCCAUCAUCGCCAACGAACAUGGGAACCUCGUCAUCAGCCAUGACGUGGCACUUGCGCCUCUCCGGCCCGACACGGUCCUCAUCCGGUCAGAGUGCGUGGCUCUGAACCCAGUGGAUGCCAAACUCACUGGCCCCAUGGGAUUCCACGGGGCUAUAUCGGGAUCUGACGUCAGCGGGGUGGUCGUUGGCCUCGGACCUGAUGUUCCCACUGGUCGCAACUUUCAGAUCGGCGAUCGCGUCUGCGCAGCCGUCCAAAGCAUGAACCCCCUUGCACCGCUUACUGGUGCGUACGCAGAGUACGUCGACGCCACGGCCGACUUCACCCUCAAGCUGCCGACCGGCAUGGGCUGGGAAGAGGCCGCCACGCUGGGCAUUGGGACCGCGACGAUUGGGUAUGCGCUGUUCUGGUCGCUCAAAGUUCCCGGACAUCCCCAGAAGCCGGCCGAGCAGCCGUGUUUUGUGCUGGUGUACGGGGGCAGCACGGCUAGCGGCACCAUGGCGAUCCAGAUCGUGCGGCGGUCGGGCUUGGUUCCCAUCACGACCUGCUCGCCGCACAACUUUGCGCUGGUGGAGCAGUACGGGGCCGAGAAGGCGUGGGACUACAAGGAUGCUCGUGCCGUGGAUCAAAUCAGGGAGUACACCAAGAAUAGACUCAAGUACGUCUUGGAUUGCUUCUGCGAAGGAAACAGCAUGUCGUUUUGUUAUGACUGCAUCGGACGGCCAGGGGGAUUCUACACCAGCUUGGAGCCGUACAACCAAGUCAAGGCGGCGUCCCGGAAGCUGAUCAAGGCCGACUGGCUGCUCGGCCCUGCACUGUUUGGCAAAAAGCUGGGUUGGCCACCGCCAUACGAUGUCGAGCCCGAUCCGGCACUGAGAGAGUUUGGCCGGGAAUGGUAUCUUUGUGUGCAGGCGCUGCUUGAUCAGGGACUGUUGAAGACGCAUCCGGUUAAGAUGGUGGAAGGCGGCUUCAAGGGCGUCUUGGACGGCUUGGAACUGCUGAGGAACAAGGCUGUCUCGGGAGCCAAGCUCGUUGUCCACGUGAGGGGGGGCCAAGUAGUUGAGAAAAAGUUGAAACUUGAAAGGUAG